AUGUCCGCAAAAUUCACCAAACCCUCCAAAUUAUGCAAGCGAACCUACUUCCUGCGGACAAUGGACUCGGUUCCAACUCAAUCGCAGAUGCGUCAAGAGCUAGAGCACAAUCUUGCUGAUGUAAUUUUGAAGCUAAUGAGUCCAGCUUGUCAGCAGUGGAUGGGAGUUGACAGAAAAUUGAAAGGACCGACCAUUUAUUGCGUUGACGCUGAUGAACUGAAAGGCACCAUCCACGAACACAUACUGCGCCUGGGUAAGGAGGCAGAAGAUAAACUUGCGAUAAAACGGAAGCGUGUGGUUAAGAGAAAUAAACAUAAUGAAGAAGUGGACUUCAUAAAGUUCGAGUGUCGUCAAAAAAUUGAAAUUGCUAGGGAGGAAGAGCAGAGAAAAAUGCAGGAGGAGCUCAAACAUGCAGUGGCAGAGUUGGAAAAUAAAUACGAUAAAAUGAAAGCCGAAUUAGGUGAAGAUUAUUUGAGAGCAAGAAAACAUAUGGCAGAGUUUAUUUGUAAAAAUUUAAGGAAGCAAGCAUCGAAUCUAAUUAGAAUGAUUGCACAGCAGUACAGAAUACAUUUAGAAAAAGAGAUAUGUAGAAGAGUGAACGCAGAAGUACAACGAAUGGCAGAACAAGUCAAUGAAGUUGUAAGAGCGGCGGUCGAGCAUCAAAAAGAGGUAGACACGAAAGCUAUGCAGAAAAUGUCCCUCCGAUAUGAAGAGUUAAUUCGAAAUCUAGAACACUGCGAAGCUUACCGCACUUUAACCGAACUUUCCCAGCGGAUAUGCUCUCGGUGGACCACACUCUGCGGUUGCAUCGAAAAUCAGGAAACGUCCUGUCAAACGUCAUUUAUAAAUCAGGAAUAUGUUUCGCAUAAAUCAGAAGCAAACUCUCCAGAUAUAGCAUCUGAGGCUAAUUUUGUCGGCUCUUGCGGCUACAUGGAGGAAGAUGAUAUAUUUGUUGUGGAACCAUGCUUUAUGACGCCUGGUCCAAGUCCAAUUUACAGCGCUUCUGAGAGUUCAAUAGAGAGUUUACCUGCCACUUCCUCAUCAGAAACUAUUUUUGACCAAUAUAAUCAGUUUCAUUGUAAAAUACGAGAGCAAUUAUCUCUUCUUCCAAUGAUAAGCUGGGCGCCGUAUGAUCAGAUUGAACAAACAAGUUACCAACCUAUCGAAACCCCAGUAAUCGAUUCAAACUUUACACGAGACGUUGUGAACGGCAUUCUGGCAAAAGAAAAUCUUUCUGAGGAGGAAAUUCAAAUUGCUAAGGUGGACUACGAAUGUGCAGCAAUAGCGGAAAACUACAAGUCAUCAACGACUGCAACUGAAUCUGCAAUAUCGGAUCUCUUCAACCUGAAUAAAUCAAAUGCUACGAUCGAUUUGUUGAUCAAUGGUAUUACAUUGAAAUACGUAAGGGCACAAGGGAGAGAUUAUGAAUAA